GCAAAUAAAACAAUAUGCUUAACUACCACACAUGGUGAUGAAUUUUAUUAGCAUAUCCUACGACAUCGUAAAUAUGAUUAUAAAGAUCAAACAUGUACAACCUACUUGAGGUAAUAUAUGCUCAGUUGUUAUUGUUGAAGAAAACACAAAAAUUCACUGAUGGGACAAGUUAAAACACCCAUGGGUUACCCGCAAAAAAAAGCAUGGGUUACAUCUUACAUGAUUAUUUCUGUUCACUGAAACAUUUGAUCAGGACACCUAUUUAUGAAGUCUACCAUGUCAUAAAUAUAACUAUUAUGGGCCGUUCGGACAAUGUACCAUGUGUGGUACCUAUCAGUUCCACAUUACAUGGAUAUAAAGGUUAACUACUACCAGAUACUAUCUCCUGGAGGCGAGUAUCUAAUGUGAGCAUAGAAACUAAAAGCAUCUAUAUUUCACUCGCACCAAACUUUUUAAUGUACAACUCUAGCAAUCCGCACCCGAUAUUUGCUUCCCAUCAGACCAACGUUUAGCCAUAGGAUUUGAAGCAUAUUGACCGUUUUUAACCAGUUCCACGCGGUUGUAUGCAGGGAUCUAUUGCAUGCUUCCUUUGUAUAAAAAACUGCGCCCCUAACCGCUCCUGUAACUCACGUCUGGCGUUAAUGUCUCCUGCCCUUUUUCCCAUAGUUGCUUCUUCCCCAGAAAAUUGAGUUCCAUGGAAGGUUUAUGUGAAACAGUUGUUUACGUAAGAAGCAUGCAAUUAUUUGGUCUGUAGCUCUAUAAUUUUGCAUGAUGCAAUGAUUUAUUUUUAGCUGGCCAGAAGUGCAAUGGUAAUUGGGGCUCAUCCACAGGAAGCAACGUCCAGAAUAGCAAAUGUGUAUGGGGACCGUCCACAACAAAUGACGUUGAGAAGAUCAACAAUGGUAAUUGGGGCCCAUCCACCAGAGCUGAAGACAAGAAGAGUAAUGGUGUAUGGGACCCGUCCACAACAAACAACGUCAUGAAGAACAAUGGUAAUUGGGGCCCGUCCACAACAAACGACGUCGAGAAGAACAAUGGUAAUUGGGGCCCAUCCACCAAAGCUGAAGACGAGAAGAGUAAUGGUGUAUGGGACCCGUCCACAACAAACGACAUCAUGAAGAACAAUGGUAAUUGGGGGCCAUCCAUAACAAACGACAUCGAGAAGAACAAUGGUAAUUGGGGCUCAUCCACAAGAAACGACAUCCAGAAGAGCAAAGGUGUAUGGAGCCCGUCCACAACAAAUGAUGUCGAGAAGAUCAACAAUGGUAAUUGGGGCCCAUCCACCAAAGCUGAAGACGAGAAGAGCAAUGGUGUAUGGGACCCGUCCACAACAAACGACGUCCUGAAGAACAAUGGUAAUUGGGGCCCAUCCAACCAAGCUGAAGACCAGAAAAACAAUGGUAAUUCAGGCUCAUCCACAACAAACGAUAUCCAGAAGAGAAGUCGUAAAUGGGGCCCAUCCACCAAAGCUGAUGACCAGAACCACAAUGGUAACUGGGCCUGGAGCUCAUCCACAAAAGCUGAGGACGACAACCACAAUGGUAACUGGGCCUGGGGCUCAUUGGACAUCCAGAAGAGCCAUGCAGGAGGAUCCCACAUUGGCCAACACAACCACAAACAUGGAACCAUGUCGAACAUGGUGUUCUUAGAAGAGGCCCUCAAACCAGGAUCAACUAUCCCUUGUUACAUCCAACCAUCGGCCACCUUAGGAGCUCCUUUAUUACGGCGUGAUGUUGCCGACUCUAUCCCUAUGUCCACGGGGAACUUCAUCAAAAUUCUGACAAUGUUUGCACCAGCGUCCAACGACAUGGCUACCAAAAUAUGGUCGACGCUGGAUGAUUGCGAGCACCCGCGCACUAUCAAGGGUGAGACGAAGGCAUGUGUCAGCUCUGUGGAGUCAAUGGUGGAGUUUGCUGCAUCCGUGCUCGGGGUUAGUACCUACAACCUCGCAGCCUUCUCCUCACCGCACGUGCCCGUGGAUGGCGUCAUGACAGGGAGGGGGUACAAAGUGGCGGCUGUAACGAGGGUCAGAGAGGCGGGGGACACCAUGACUUGCCAUCGCGGGAGUUUCCCGUUCGCUAUGUUCAUGUGCCACGCGGUGAAUCCCACCAGAGUGUACUCGGUGACGCUGGAGGGGGAGGACAUUGAUGCUGACGGCGCGGGGCAGAGGAUGGAGGUACUUGCCGUGUGCCACCUGGACACGUCAGACUUCCACCCAGCUAAGAUGCCGUUGCACGUCAAGCCUGGAGAUGCUCCACUCUGCCACUUCAUCUCCAGGGACAGCAUUCUCUGGGCGCCUGCUACGCCCGCUUCUGCUCACGCUGCUGCUUAGCUACAUGUGUAGCUACAUAAAUAAGAACAGUGUGUGCCUAUGUAAGGCGUAUGCAUGCAUGUCCAGAGCAAUCAUGCAUGCCUCCUGCGUGUGGCUACGUACCUACACGUAUGUGGUCUGAAUAAUUAUUUGUGUAGAGUGCUUGAUGUGGUGUAUGGUCGUGUGAGCGAGUAUCUUACAUAUAUAUAGUGUGUACCGAUGUAUAGGUGUUUGCAUGUAUGUCCACCGCAUCCUUGCAUGCCUCUCUGGCUUUUGUCUGCGUACUUGCACGUGCGAUAUGUGGUCUUAGUUAUUUGUG